CAUUAUUGACAGUUUUGACAGCAGAGUAUUUUUGAGUUUGACGGGCGAUUGGUUUUUGUCUAAAUUGUUGGAAUCAGUGAAAAUGGCUUCGAUUAUGCAGCGAGCUGCAAUUACUUACCUGAGGACCAACGCGCGUUCCUCUACGCAUGCUGCUACUGCUGGUGGACAUGGAGGUGGCUGGAAGUUGUGGAAGAAGCUGUCUUUCUUCGUUGCAUUCCCCGCUGUCGGUCUUGGCAUGCUGAACGCCUACCUGGCCCACCAGGAGGAGCACCACGAACGCCCGCCCUUCAUCCCCUACGAGUACAUGCGUGUCCGCACAAAGCGUUUCCCAUGGGGUGAUGGCCAGAAGUCUCUCUUCCACAACCCCCAUGUCAAUGCUCUGCCCACAGGCUAUGAAGACUAAAAAUUUAACAUCAGCUUUUUAUUUUUAGUUUCACUCUCUUAGCAUACAAAAUUGUGUAUUGUGAUAAUAAGUCAUUAAAUAAAUUAUAAAAGUAUUA